ACAUGAAAUCUGCAGUUUCAUAAUUUCAGCAGGUCCUGCUCUGUGUUUGUUGAAUGGCAAUGUCGACUUCAGGGACGCUCAGCAAUUAUUAUGUGGACUCUUUCAUAAUUCACGAGAGUGAAGACCUGGUGCAGUCCAGAUAUGCCUCUGCUCCACUGGCACCGCCAACGAGACAGCCAGCCCUGAGCGAGCACCCCGAAUUCACCCCAUGCAGUUUUCAGUCGAAAACUUCAGUCUUUAGCACUUCCUGGAACCCCGUCCACCCUCCGAGCGCUAAUAAUGUGCCCACUGUGUACCAUCCAUAUGUGCAUCACCAGGCAACAAUGGCAGCGCCUGACGGCAGGUACAUGCGUUCGUGGCUCGAGCCUAUGCCGGGCUCAUUGUCUUUCCCUGGGUUACCUUCCAGCAGGCAUUACGGCAUUAAACCUGAACCGCUCUCGGCCAGAAGGGGUGACUGUACCACGUUUGACACUCACACGUUGUCUCUGUCUGAUUAUGCUUGUGGUUCUCCUCCAGCUGAUAGAGAUAAGCAACCCAGCGAAGGUGCGUUCUCUGAAACCAAUGGAGAAAAUGAGACAAACGGAGAAAAACCACAGAUUGAUCCAAAUAAUCCCGCUGCAAAUUGGCUGCACGCAAGGUCCACCAGGAAAAAGCGCUGCCCGUACACCAAGCACCAAACGCUGGAACUGGAAAAGGAGUUUUUGUUCAAUAUGUAUCUCACUAGGGACCGUAGAUACGAAGUGGCGAGACUCCUUAAUUUAACUGAGAGACAAGUGAAAAUCUGGUUUCAAAACAGGAGGAUGAAAAUGAAGAAAAUCAACAAAGACAGAGCAAAGGAUGAAUAAUGAGGACACACAGGUUACUUUUUUUAAAAAAAGAAAACCCUCCCUGCCCCCGCUCCAACCUCACCACACAAUGCGACUGUGUUCAGGCCUCGUUUUUUUUUUUUUUUUUUGUCAUGGCAAAUUCUAGUCGUUACUGUACCUUGUAACAGUGGCAUUGAGAUGUCGGUUUGCCAGUGCUACUGCGGAGGUACCGUAAUACUUUUAAUUUUAUAAUAGGAAAGAAAAAGGGGGCAUUAGCGCGGAAGACUGUUUGUGGGCUUGUAUAAAUCUACCUGUUCUUCACUUACAAAGAACAAAACAAAAACAAAACAAAAAAAAAAACAAAAAAAAACUACCUUUUCGUAAUGCACAACUAUUUACGGACUGUAGAGUUUAGACGACGUAGUUAAUUUAAUUUGCCCUUUGCGCGGCAGAGAGAGGUCUGCUGUAAUACUUGAACACUGUGUUUUACUGUGGUAAUUAUGUUUGUGACUCAACUUAUGUGCUUGGGUGCUGUACCAGAUGUGAUUGUGAAAGCUAGAAUUCAAUUUGAACUCAGGUUGUUUAUUAUAAAAGUUACAUAGAGUAUAGCUCUGUAGUGUAAUAAGUCUUUUCUGUAUAACUAGACAGUAAACCUUUGAUUGUAAUAUCUAUCUAUCUAUCUAUCCCCAGCUUAUAUAUAUAGAUAUAUAUCUAUAUAUACCAAUUUCAACAAACAAAAAUAAUAAUAAUAAAAUCUCCGGGAUAUCUAAGAAUUAUGGUUCUCAAACUAUUAUCAAGCAGGUCAUUUUAGUAUGAAAAUUUGAUAUAUAUAGUACUGUCUUUGUCAGCUGUAUAUAUAAUCUAUAUAUUAAGGAAAAAGUAAAUAAUCAGACUAGCUUAAAUAUUGUUUUUGCACCAGUAAGCAGUUAUCAGAUUUCGGAGCUAUACGUAUAUGUGAAAAGGGUAACUACCUAUGGUUUACGUUUUAAUUUUAAUCAAAUAAUUUGAAGCUUAUUGUAAUGAAGUUUAAUUUUAUUGAUAAUAAAUUAUACACUAUAAAAAGCUACAUUUGGUUAUUGUAGAUUUGUAUCGAGUAUAAAAUCUGGGAAGUUAUGUUUAUGCAGAACAUACACUGUAUAUUUUGCAAGUUACCUCAUGGCCUACUGACCAAAUUGUUGUGUUGAAAUGAUAUUUAACUUUUUGCCAAAUAAAAUAUAUUGAUUCUUUUA